UGAGGGUUCGAGCGGUUAUCAGACACUUAAAGAGCCGCAGCAGGCUGAAACUGUAAAAGGAAAGUCGCGUUAAGGGAUCGCAAAGUACUACGACAUGGAUUUUAAAAGUUUACUGUCGCUUCUGCUGGUUUUCUGCUGGUUUUGUGCCUCUGAUGCCAACUCAGGUAAAGGUCGGGGCUUUGCUGCGUUUGAGGACCCUGAAGACUCUGGGCGUUACAUCGUGGACCAAGCACCCUCCGAUGCAUUGAAGAGCCGCUUGACCACCGUCUUCUACCCCAUCAUCUACAUCAUCGUCUUCGUGGUGGGGCUUCCUGCCAACGGCAUGGCAAUCUGGGUGUUCCUGUUCAGGACCAAGAAGAAGCACCCGUCGUCCAUCUACAUGGCCAACCUGGCUCUGGUCGACCUGCUGUUCGUCAUCUGGAUGCCUCUGAAAAUCGACUACCACUUUAACGGCAACAACUGGAGCUACGGAGAGCCACUGUGCAAAGUGCUGGUGAGCUUCUUCUACGGGAACAUGUACUGCUCGGUUCUGUUCAUCGCCUGCCUCAGCGUGCAGAGGUACUGGGUCGUGGCUCACCCUCUGUCUCAGCAGAAGAAGAACAACAAGCUGGCCACUGUCGUCUGCGUGGGCAUCUGGGUGUUCAUCUGGCUCACCACCAUUCCCCUGUACCUGUACGACCACACGGCCAAGCUCAAAGACCCCAACGUCACCACCUGCCAUGAUGUCAACAUAAUUAAGAACCCAAUCAACCCAUUCGCCUCAAUCCAGCUCCCCUACUACUACUUCAUCUUCAUGGCCAUGGUCGUGUUCCUCGUGCCUUGCGUGGUGAUCAUUGUUGCCUAUGUUCUGCUGCUCAGAGCUCUGGGGAACACCAUGGAGAGCAGCAGCGCAUCGAAGAACCGACGCAAAGCCGUGGUGCUGAUCGUGGUCGUCCUGGUUACGUUCGUGGUGUGUUUCAUCCCCAGUAACAUCAUGCUGGUGCUGCAUUACUCUCUGCUAAAGGACGGAGUGGUCGAUAACGGCUACAUCUUCUACACCUCCACUCUGUGUCUGGCCAGCCUCAACAGCUGCCUGGACCCGUUCAUCUACUACUACGUGUCCGAGGAGUUCAGGGAGCACGUGAAGAACACUCUGCUGUGUCGCAGCAGCAGGACUGUGGAGAGGAUGAGAGUUUCAUUCAGCUCAAUGAAAUACUCCAGAAAGAGCAAGUCGUACAUGUCGAGUACCGGCAGCACACAGAGCAGCACCUGCUAGUGCCAAAACCAGAGAACAGACUCUGAUCAGGUAUCAUGCAUCAUGUCGGCGUUUGCAGCACAUUGCACUGAUCUGACGGCGCUGGGACAGUAAAAUCUACUGAAACAGCAUCCGUUGUAACCAGACAAAGCGUCACAAAACCAAAGAUGGACUUUAACUGUGAAGAUGACUGCCGGGAAGAAAGCAUAUUUAUAAGAUACAUAUGAACUGCUGCUUGGUAUUAAAAUGUGAAAUCUGUUUGUUUUUAUAUUCUGUACAGUUAUGUUACACAUGUAUGUGCUUUUUCCCACGUUUUUGACUGACCCGAUCCCUGCCAUAUUAACCUCCCACCUGUGUUUGAAGGUAUAGAACAAGAGAAUAUGUCAAGCAUUAUGAGAGAAAACAUUUAUUUAAUGUUCAUUCCUGCUUUCUGUGCAGCUAGCAAGUUUUGUUUUGUGAUUUUAAGCAUUGUGUGCUAAAGAUUUUUUUUAAUAUGAGGAGAACAGAGGUGGCAUUGUUGCAUAGUUGUUUUUUUUAAUAAAUGCUGAAACAAG